CCUCCCUCCGCCCCCUCCAUCCAUCUGCCAAUUUUGGACGUCGUCGGCGCACCGCUUUGAUAACCUCCAACUGCCACCCAGCAGCCAAACGCUCCUUACAUCUCAAAAGAAAACGACUUGACGACUUUUCUCCGCCGCCUGAGACUUUAACAUUCCUUCCACCUGCGGCUGCCCUAGCGCGACGCCAUAUUGCACUGCAACUGCCGCCUCACCCCGAAAUCGCCCCCGUCACCUAUCCUACACCCCGAACGAUUAACGUUUGCGACACCCUCUUCUGGUCUUCAGCAUGGCAGCGAAUGGAGCCUCGGAGGCUUUUGCACCCAGCGAUGUGCUGUCGGCUAUGGUGACCAUGCGAGGAGGAGAGCAGGAAAGCAAGAAGAAGGCGCACGCAUACUUGGAGCGGUUCCAGAAAUCUAAAGAUGCUUGGGGUACCAUUAUCGGCAUUCUUCAAUCGGACGGAGAGCCCGAGGCCAAGCUCUUUGCGGCUAUCACUUUGCGCGGAAAGAUCACCUACGACCUGGCAACGCAAGUAUCGGAAACCGAACUGCCUGCGCUACGGGAUCAGAUCCUCCUCCUUCUCAAACAUUUCGCCGCUGGUCCCAAGCCGAUACGAGUUCAGCUCUGCGUCUGUUUGGCGACACUGGCGGUGCAGAUGAAGGACUGGAAAGAUGUACUUCCUACAGUCGUAUCAUCUCUCGGUGACAGCGUUGAGAGCCACGCUGCCAUUCUCGAUUUUUUGCGCGUGCUCCCCGAGGAGGUGACCGAAGGCCGCAAAAUCACCUUAACUGAAGAAGAGCUUUCCCAACGGACUAGGGAAUUGCUGGGUGACAACACGGACCAGGUUGUGCAGCUGCUCAUCAACUAUGCUCAAUCGUCAGCGAGUGCGGCCCAGAAUCCUCAACUGAUGGAGUGUAUCACUUCGUGGCUGCGCGAGGUUCCCGUCAGCACCGUUGUCAAUUCUCCUCUACUCGACGUCAUUUUCAACGCCGUCGGCAAUGAUCAAGCAUCACAGGAAGCAGCAGAGUGCUUGUGCACGAUUUUUAGAGAGACCAGGGAUGUGGACGACAACUUGGAAGUCAUUCAGGUCCUCCUUCCACGAGUCAUUUCCCUGCGUCCGAGAAUCGCGGCAGCCGUCGAGGAUGAGGACACCGAGGUUUACAAGUCACUCACCAAGAUUUUUGCCUUGGCCGCUGAGGCUUGGGUUGUAGCCAUUGCUCGCGAGCCUGGUCACUUCGGAUCGCUUGUCGAUGCAGUCCUUGAGUGCGCCGCCCGAGACAAGGACCGGGAUGUCAUUGAGCAUACGUUCCAGUUCUGGUACGAGUUGAAGCAGUACAUUGUUUUGGAACGAUACAUCGAGGCAAGACUGCAGCUUGUGGAUACGUACUCGAAACUCGUGGACAUCCUGCUCAAGCACCUGGAAUACCCGCAAUCGGAAUCGGCGAGCGAGACGGAUCUUUUCGACGGCGACCGUGAGGCAGAGGAGAAGUUCCGCGAAUUCCGACACCAGAUGGGCGACACCCUGAAGGACUCUUGCGAGGUGAUGGGCGUGACUGACUGCCUCACAAAGGUGCUUGCAGCUAUCAAAAUUUGGAUGCACAAAUACGCCGGCCAAGCUUCGGCGUCAUCGGUCCCGCACUGGCAAGAAUUGGAGGCACCCCUUUUCGCCAUGCGCGCCAUGGGACAAAUGGUUGACAAGGAGGAGAACGUUGUACUGCCGCAACUGAUGCCCCUCCUUGUUCAGAUCCCCGGGCACGAGAAGCUUCGUUUCGCCACCAUCAUGGUUCUCGGUCGGUACACAGAGUGGACUUCUGCCCAUCCUGAGUACCUCGAACCUCAGUUCAACUACAUCGUAACCUCCUUCCAGACGGACUCAAAGGAAGUCGUCAGGGCUGCCGCCAUGGCGAUCAAGUAUUUCUGCACCGACUGCAAACAGCUCUUGAGCGGACAGGUACUCCAGAUGCAAACAUUCUACGACCAGAUUCUUGACAAGCUGCCUGAUAUGAGUCAGGAGGAGAUCACAGAGGGGGUUGCUAGCGUCGUUGCUGUGCAGCCGCCUGCCGAGAUUUACAAGCUCCUCAAGCUCUACUGCGACCCGUUGGUCCAGCGGUUGAUGAACAAAGCCAACGUUGCAACCGACGACAAGGGCAAGCUGGCCCUCGCAGACCAUCUCCAGCUUAUCACCAUCUUCAUCCAAAUCGUCGUACCGUACGUUGGACCCGGCGAGGAGAACCCCGCCGUCAAAUACUGGCAAGAGGUUUUCCCGGUACUGGCCACGAUUCUGGACAAUUUCAUGGGUUUCGUUCCCAUCUGCGAGAGGAUUUGCCGCUGCUGGCGUAACAUGAUCAUCUCGUACCGCACGGCAAUGACACCCCUGUUGCCGGAGAUGGCCAACAAGCUGGCAGGCGGCUUUGCUGCCUCGAGACAAGGCGCGUUUCUCUGGGUCACGGCGGCGAUACUGAGGGAGUUUUCCGAGGAUCGGGAGCACGUAAACCACGAGAUCACCCAGAGCAUCUACGCCUUCUUCGAAGCCCAGACCACCACUUUCUUACGGGUGAUGAGCGACCUCCAACCCAGCGAACUGCCUGAUGUCAUUGAAGACUUCUUCCGACUUCUCAUUGACGCGCUCCUAUAUUACCCGGCCAAGUUGAUUCCGUCGGAGCUUCUAGGUCCCAUUUUCGAAGCUGCCGUGUACGCUCUGACGUUGGAGCAGCGCGACCCUCUGUCUGCCACGCUGCACUUUCUCCGCGAUCUCCUCACGUACGGAGGCGACAAUCCUGCGACGUCGGAUGUACUGCCUCCAGAUGUUGCUGCUCACAUCCGCGAGGUGGUGAGCAAGUUACUUGCCAAUCACGGCGAGAAGUUGGUCAAGCAAGUCAUGGCUGGCAUGAUGAUCACUUUUCCGCGGGAUUGCUUUGCCGAUGGUAGCGGGGUCUUGCUGGCAAUGUUCGAGCUCUUCCCGUCCCAAACGACCAACUGGGUGGAGCGUACCAUCCAGCUUCUGCCCCAAGGUACCAUCACGCCAGUCGAGGCGAAUCGAUUGAUGACCAAGAUCAAGGAGCGACUCGGCGGCAACGAUUCCACCGCUAUCAGACAGGUGAGGGCACUCCUCCAAGAUUUCACCAACACAUAUCGCCGGCGGUACGUGGCCCCACGGGAGGGUCUCGGCCAGCUGGAAGCAGCCCGCUUCCACUUUACAGGUUAGAUGGAGGGGGGGACUUGAAAGGGGUGUACUCAUGAGGAAACGAUGACUGCUCAAGGUCGCAAAAUCAAGUAGAGUUUUCUAUUAGUUCGAGUAGAUCGCUUUGCUCGAGGGAGCCCGAAAAGUGCGAUAUGAUGUCAAUGAAUUGCCAUGGUUGAGGCUGGCGGCGAGCAUUCUCUUCGGCAGAUGUGCAACGAAGGAUGUCAGAAUUGGGGGAGACGGUGCUCUGGAUGAAAGGGAUCCACAUCCGUAUGUGUCAACGGGAUAAGAUGAGACAUGUAAGGUGGGGCUGAGCAGGUGGCUGGAGAGAGGAUCUAGUUGUGGAUGUAGAGAUAUCGAUGGAGGGGAUCAAGUUCUCCUGCACCACAGUGACAAAGACGGCAGAUCAAAGGCCAGCGGGCGCACAUAAAGAAUCUGUUAGAGUGGAGGAUUACAGCAGCCUGGUCACAACUCAGCAUGCGGCAGCUCAUAGAGACCACCAGGGGUCUGUCUGUCGACAGGUUUCCUAUGCCAUUUCAGGAAUCUAGCAGUACCAGACUUAACACUCUGCUGUUGGCAAGAUAUGACAUUCACAGGUAUAGCGAGUAGAGGACAGUGCUAUAGUGGGAUUUCGAUAACUGCCCACUUUAUGACGCAGCUUGAGGGCAAGUCAAGUAUCUACAUUUCUGGCAUGCUGUGCA